AUGACUGAAAGCCACCAAAUGGAGGCCAUGUUCCCUCACUCGGGAGCGGCCGGACGAUCUGAAGGGAACCACGUUGAAACCGAACGGUCGAUGGAUCCUCGCACUUCCCUCGAGGACUACAACCGUACUAUGUUGCAUUAUACCCAGCGGCAGAUGUCGUCGUUUGUCGAUCUGGACGAUGGCAGUGGUAGCGGUGCGAGCAGCCGGGAUAGCCAGAGCAGCGGCAACAGCAGCCACAGUGGCUCGUCAAGCACUGGUGUGCUCGCCAAUCUCGCCAACGGUCCUCCUCCUACCUCGGCCAGUGCGGCUGCAGCAACUCGCCAUCGAGUCCAGCAGGGCCAGGGUCAAGGCCCCAUGCGGAGUCCGAAUGAGGCCAAGCCGUCCCGAUACUAG